CUGCUCUAUGACAUAUAAUAAAUGGCUCAGCAGGAGUACAAGGCUCUCAGCGACAAAAUGUUCACUUACAAAGGGAUGGUUUUACCCCUUCUUAAUAGCCAUGAAGUCACUAAGGAGUACCUUGACAGCUUGGAGCACUUUGAGAUCAGGGACAGUGAUGUGUUUGUUGUGACUUUUCCAAAAUCUGGCACUGUGUGGACCCAACGCAUUAUAACACUGCUGUACAAUGAUGAUUUCCCCGAGGAUGUGGACCUGGAGACAAGCAAACGCAUGCCUUGGCUGGAGGUGCUGGAGAAGGGCCAGGACUACAACACGCGCCGGUCACCCAGGCUAUUCUGCACACACCUCCAGGAGCAUCUGGUCCCCAGGGGGCUGCAUAAGAAGAAGUCGAAAGUUAUUUAUGUUGUCAGGAAUCCCAAGGAUAUCCUUGUUUCCUAUCAUCACUUCUCUAAGUUCUUGCUAACACUAGAGCAACACAAAAACAUGGAAGAAACACUGGAGAAAUUUCUCUGUGGAUGGAUGGUUGGAGGUUCCUGGUUUGACCAUGUCAGAGGAUGGUACAACAACUGUGACAAGUACAACAUACUGUUCAUUAGCUACGAGGAGAUGAUUAAGGACUUGAGAUCUGCUGUUGUGAAGAUCAGUGAGUUUCUUGGGAAGAGUUUUUCUGAUGCAGCCAUUGAUAAAGUGGUGGAAAGAGUUGCCUUUAAGAACAUGAAGUCAGACCCUAAAGCCAACUAUGAGUUCCUGCCAGAAAAUAUCAAGGGCAAGGGGAAAUUUCUCCGCAAAGGCACCAUCGGGGACUGGAAAAACUACUUAACAGUGUCUCUGAAUGAGCGGUUUGACAAGGCCUUCCAGGAAAGGAUGAAAGAUGUACCCUUAAGCUUCAUCUGGGACAUUACUGAAUUACAUAGCUGACAAACACACCCACAGACAUAAACAAACACACAAAACACACAGAGUCAGAAACAAAGAAACUAAAAAAUUGCUGAUUAAAACUAUAUUUAAAAAUGUGUGAUCCCCAAGCAGUAAGUCAAUUGAUUCAGUAAUUGAUUCAGUCAGCUGAUUCAGUAUUAUAUGUAGCUUUCUUGAAUUGGGAUAAGUUACUCUGAAUUACUUGAUAUGUAGGUAGUAACUGAUGCAACAUAAAACUAAAUGUUCAAUGAACAUUCUAAGUGU